AUGAAUGAAGAGGUUACAAUAAAUAAAAUCUGUAUCAAUGAAUUUGAUAUAUAUGCAGCUUUUGAAGAUGAAGGAUAUAUAACAAGCAUAGAUAUAUUAAAUAAUAUCAUUGCUACAACCAAUACAAAAAAUAUUAUUAAAAUAUAUGAUUUGAAUGAAAAAAAAGAAAAACUAACUUAUAGUAUUGAGGAUAUAGUUAUUAACGAUAUUAAAUUAUUAAAAACAUUCAAAGAAAAAAAUGAUUAUAUGGUUGAUUACAAUGUAGAAGAAUGCUUAUUCACGGUUUAUGAAAAUAAUAAAAAAUGUAAAAUAUAUCAUUUUAAUAUGAUAAAUAAAAAAAUAAUACAUAACUUUGAAUUUUCAAAUGAAAUUGUUGAUAAUAGCUUUGUUGUGCAUCCAAAUACUCAUAUAUUUAUUGUUGCAUUAAGAAGUAAAGAAUUGUUAAUUUAUCAUAUAAAAGAUAAAACAACAAUUUAUAAAACAAAUAUUCAAAAUGAAAACUGCAUAGUUAGCUAUAACAAAACAGGAAUAAUAUAUGCUUAUACAUUUAAUAUAAAUACAAUAUAUUUAUGUAGUUGUUUUGGAGAUGAUUAUAAUGAUGAAUAUUUUGCUAAUUUUGAUAUUUCAAAAAUAACAAAUAAUGGCAAUUUCUGUACACACAUCGACUUUUCUUUUGAUGAAAAAAAAAUGCUUAUAGCAACUAAAUACAACUAUAUAUAUACAUUAGAUGCUUACACAGGAGAUAUAUUAUAUUCGUAUAAUUUCAUUUACGAAAAUAAUUCAUCUCAUUUAUCUUUCUUUUUAUCGUAUCCAAUUUAUUCAUUCGACUCAAAUUUUAUAUUAUCAGGUGGAAAAGACGGUUAUAUACAUGUAUGGAAUAUAAAAGGAAAUUACGUGUGCAAAAAAAAAAUUGGAAACAAUAUUUUGUUUAUUAAAUGGAUUUAUAAUAGAGUUGCUUUUAUAACAACAAGUAACUUUCUUUUGAUCUGGAAACCACCCAAAAAAGACGAAGAAAAAUGA